GUUGAAUUUGAAUCUUUCAAGUUACUGUACUGACCACGCUCUUGUAAAGCUUUAAGGUUCUCGAUUGGUUAAAAGUUCGUGACUAUGUAAAUGAGUAGCAGCUAGAACUAAACUUGAGUUUUCAAAUCUGGUCAGUUUCAUUCUUCCAAAUACUCACUCACAUUGUCAGUUUCUCGACUUUUUUUUAGCAUUUUGAUUUCGAAUGAAAUAAAACAUGAAAUUCUUAUUCACUUUUAGUUCCUUUCUUUUAUUCACUUUGAUUAUUGCUAAUCAAUUUGAUGAAUCAACAUCUCGUUAUUGUCAUCCAGCUAAAUGUCCACCAUCAACAUGCUUCUGUCCAACAACAGAGUCUGUUUUACCUUCGCUUGGCCAAGUGCCUCAAUUUGUUAUGUUAACUUUUGAUGAUGGUGUUAAUGGUAUCAACUAUGAAACAUAUCGAUCAGUAUUUAAUCGUAGACAUCAAGACACUGGUUGUCCAGUUCAAUCCACUUAUUUCGUCACCCAUGAAUACACAGAUUACCAUCUUGUUCAUAACUUGUGGAGACGCGGUAAUGAGAUAGCAGUCCAUUCAAUAACCCAUAAUCGGGAUCUAAAAUCAUGGCUCACCGCACCAGUUUCUCUCUGGCGAGCAGAAAUGGGUGGCAUGAAGAAAUUGAUUUCUUAUUUUGCUGAUAUUCCAGAAUCUGAGAUCAAAGGAAUCAGAGUUCCAUUUUUACAGUCUGCUGGUGAUCACACAUGGCAGGCAAUGACUGAAGAUGGUUUCCUUUAUGAUUCCUCGGUUCCUGUCCGUAACUUUGUCAAUCCUCCAUUGUACCCUUACACACUGGACAUGGGUCUUGUUGAUGAUUGUCAAAUUGAACCUUGUCCAAAUGGUCGCUAUCCCGGUCUUUGGGAAGUACCAAUGGUUAAUUGGAAAAUGUAUGACAUUAACUUGGAUGAAGACGGUAAACCAUUGGAAGUGAUCUGCGCUAUGGUUGAUGCUUGUGUUCCUAAUCCUAACACUACUGAAUGGGCAUAUCGAUAUUUAAUGGAUAACUUUAUGCGCCAUUAUCGAAGCAAUAGAGCUCCUUUACCAGUUUUCAUGCAUGAAUUCUGGCUUCUCAAUCCUCACCGAAAAGAAGCAUAUUUCCGUUUCAUCGAUACUCUUCUUAAAAUGCCCGAUGUUUACUUUACUACCAUUAGCGAGGUAUUAGAUUAUCUCAGGAAUCCCGUUUCUAAUGAUGAGUAUAAGAGACGAAUCAAUGAAACAUGCAUUAGAGAACCAAGAUACACGAGUUGUGGUGAAAAGUAUGGUUCAAUAAACUGUGAAUAUAAUGGAUUACCAAUGUUCAAAGGUUGGCCACGAUAUAUGAGAGUUUGUGGUCAUGAUUGUCCACCAAACUAUCCUUGGCUCAACAAUCCUUUAGGUAAUUGAGUAGUUCCAUUGUAAACAGAGCAUUAAAACUUUUAAGAAUCCAAAUAAAAUGAAGAUUACAUGAUUUUCCUGUA